UUUAAAGUUCUACUUUUGUUCCAGAAAGGGUAAUUCGCCCAGUUCAACCGCGACGUGAAGCUUGGUUGUAUCUUGUUAUACCAUAUACCCACCGACCAACUCUAAUAAGAACAGCAGCAACAUUCCCUUCCUAUUGUAAGACUGUCGGUUUUACAGCAUGCCCAAUAUACAGCAACGAGCUUCAGUAUCACCCGACCUAGAACGUCAUGUUCUUCGCAUCCUCAAGGUGAAAAGUCCCCUCGACUCGCCCGAUCUUGACCCAACCGAGUACAUCAAUCGCUUAUUUCCUAAUGAACAAAGUCUUUCAUCGGUGGACACAGUAAUAAACAAACUUCAAGCCAAAGCGGAUGAGUUGAGCGUGGAAGCGGAACGCUUGACAGGAUCUCAGUCGGAAUCGAAUGGAGGAGCUCAGGAACUAGAUAACGCAAAACAAGCUAUACAGGAACUGUUUCAAAAGAUUCAAGAUAUCAAGCUUAAAGCAGCUCAGUCUGAAUCCAUGGUGCAGGAAAUCACGCAGGACGUCAAAUCUCUGGAUUAUGCAAAACGCCAUUUGACGCACUCGGUCACUGUUUUGAAACGUCUUCAAAUGUUGGUGACGGCCGUGGAUCAAUUGGAAACCAUGUCUCGCAACAAGCAGUUUAAAGAAAGCGCACAAUUGCUCGAGGCUGUCAUCCAAUUGAUGCAACACUUCAAGUCAUAUAAAGGCGUACAGCAGAUAGCGGAGCUAUCUGAUCGCAUUACCCAGCUACAAAAAGACCUUGACAGCUGUGUGCUACGCGAGUUUGAGAAUGGAUUCCAAAAAGACGGGACUUUGACUGGGCAAACAUGGCUGUUGCACGACGCAUGUCUUGUUGCUACUGCUCUUGGAGAUAAGACCAAGGAGAAAAUCAUCAAGCGGUAUGUCGAUUUGCAGCUUUCGGAUUAUCGACAGAUAUUUAAAAGUGCUGAAGAGGUGUCUCAGUUGGAUAACAUUUCACGACGUUAUGCAUGGCUUAAGCGUCUUUUGAAAACGCUUGAUGAGAAGCAUGCCGACAUUUUCCCUCCUCAAUGGUGCGUCACUGCUCGAGUAUGCGAACAAUUUUGUAAUUAUACAAGAUCAGACAUGGAACAGGUCUUGGCUGCUUCACCACAGCCAGAUGUCAAAGAACUGUUGCACGCGUUGCAACUCACCAUUGAGUUUGAAGCACAGCUGACAAAGCGAUAUGAGAAAUUGAUCAGGAUCGGAGGUGACAGACAAUUUAAUUUCACGAAAUCCAUAUCAUCCAGCUUCCAGCCCUACCUGUGGGUAUACAUUGAUGCCGAAGACCGAACCCUAACAAAUAUGAUCAACUCGUAUUUUGCUUCGGAUAUGAAUGCGGACGACGAUGGCAGUAUGGUGGUACUUCCAUCAAGCACGGAUCUAUUCUACUUUUACAGAGAAACGCUGGUGCAGUGCGCCAAAUUUUCUACUGGAAAGCCAUUUUAUGAUUUGUGUCAGCUAUUCACCAAACAUUUACAUGCCUAUUGUAACGUUGUGCUGCUCGGUGGUGUUUCUAAGAACGAGAAAAGUGAUUUAUCGACAGAAAAUCUACGGUUCAUAACGCUGGCCUUAAACACUGCAGAUUACUGCUGCAUGACAACCUCACAGUUAGAAGAGAAGCUGAAAGAAAAGGUCGAUGAGGAGUUCAGAGAAAAAGUUAGUCUGGAAAGCGUCAAAGAAGCAUUUAUGAGUGCCGUGUCAAUGUGUAUCGACGCAGCCGUAAGGAGCAUUGGAUACUGCUGCGAACCAUAUCUACAGCAAAUGAUACGAUUACCUUGGAGUGUUUUGGACACUGUUGGUGAUCAAUCCGAAUAUGUCAGUCAGUUGCAAGACGUUGUAAAACGCUAUGCCACAGUUGUUGGUCGAACUGUUGCGAAUAAGCGAUAUUUUCGAACAUUUAGUGAUCGCUUUGUUGAAUCCUUCUUAUCAAGUUAUUUAUUAAGCAUUUUCAGGUGCAAGCACAUUUCCGAAAUCGGUGCAGAACAGAUGCUGCUGGAUACCCACGCCUUAAAAACACUUCUGUUAGAUAUACCCUUGAUGGGAGCCGAAGGAGCGGUUACUGUUCCUACUUUAUAUGGAAAAUUCGUAAGCAAAGGCAUAUCAAAAGCGGAGACCAUAUUAAAGACAGUAAUGACACCCACGGACCCUAUUGAAGGCUACGUCGAAAACUACUUAUUCCUUAUCGGCGACAGCAGCAUGACCAACUUUUCACGUGUGCUUGAACUCAAGGGUGUAAAGAAACCAGAUCAAGGACCAUUACUGGAUGCAUUCCAACGUCGCAUAACACAGCAGCCCAGCAGCGAACUUGCAGAGAAUUCAAACAUAUUGCCAGCAGCUGAGAUAUCCGGAGCUGCACCUCCAGCAUCAAAUCUGCCGAGCGCCAUCACCACAUCCUUAUCCACCAUUGCCACAUCUGCUUCAAACUUUAACCCCAACGCCCUUCCUCCCUUUGCCCGCAAUAUCCAAGGAUCACCGACCAUGUCGUCUGCAUCACCUACAACGGACGGAACACCACUUAGUGCCGGUGGUGGUAACAGAGCCACUGGCCGACUCAAUGAGAACUUUAGAAAGUUGGUCAUGACAGGCAUGGCUUUCAGAAAAGAUUUGCAGGAGCGCCGGGAACAGCAAAAUCGACGUACUUGAUGAAUAAAAUUUAGAAUUUACCAAAUAUCUCUUACUGAG